AGAAAGGUGGUGGCCAUGAGCCUUUGGGUGGAUAAGUACCGGCCGAGCUCGCUCGGCAAACUGGACUAUCACCGGGAGCAGGCGGCGCAGAUUCGCAACUUGGUUCAAUGUGGUGACUUUCCUCAUCUCUUAGUGUAUGGCCCCUCAGGCGCAGGGAAAAAGACCAGAAUAAUGUGUUUGCUGAGGGAGUUAUACGGCUCUGGAGUAGAGAAACUGAGAAUUGAGCAUCAAAAUAUAACGGCACCUUCUAAAAAGAAAAUUGAAAUUAGUACUAUUGCAAGCAACUAUCAUCUUGAAGUUAAUGCGAGUGAUGCAGGAAACAAUGACCGGGUGGUGAUUCAGGAAUUAUUGAAGACCGUAGCACAAUCGCAGCAACUUGAGACAAGCACUCAGCGAGAUUUUAAAGUGGUGCUGUUGACGGAAGUGGACAAACUUACCAAAGAUGCCCAGCAUGCAUUGCGACGAACCAUGGAGAAGUAUAUGGCCACCUGUAGAUUAAUUCUGUGCUGCAAUUCCACAUCGAAAGUCAUUGCACCUAUCAGAAGCAGGUGCUUAGCAGUGCGAGUGCCUGCCCCUAGCAUCGAAGAGAUCUGCAGUGUAUUGUCCAGUGUAUGUAAGAAGGAGGGUCUGGUUCUUCCUCCAGAACUGGCUCGGAGGAUUGCAGAAAAGUCUGGGAGAAACCUCCGAAAGGCCCUUCUGAUGUGCGAGGCUUGCAGAGUCCAGCAGUGUCCUUUCACUCCUGAUCAAGACAUUUCUGAGGCCGACUGGGUGGUGUACCUGAGAGAGACGGCGAAUGCCAUCGUCAGCCAGCAGACUCCCCAGAGGUUGCUGGAAAUUCGUGGGCGACUUUAUGAACUCUUAACCCAUUGCAUUCCUCCAGAGAUUAUAAUAAAGGGGCUUCUGUCUGAACUCCUCAACAACUGUGAUGGACAACUGAAAGGGGAAGUUGCUCAGAUGGCAGCCUUCUACGAACACCGACUGCAGCUGGGCAGCAAAUCCAUUUAUCACCUGGAGGCAUUUGUGGCCAAGUUUAUGGCCCUCUAUAAGAAGUUUAUGGAAGAUGGACUGGAAGCCAUGGUGUUCUGAUAUGUUAAUUGCUGAGCGUCACAUGGUUUAGGAUAUUGACAAAUUCUGCUAAGCUGUACAACCCACAG